AUGACGAUACCGAUGAUGGGCUUCAAGAUCCUCGCCCUGCUAGCGGCCGUGGCCAUGGCGCGCCACCCGCCGGCGAGGGUGCAGUCGAACACGAGCGAGAUCGCGACGCAGUACUUCACCCAGAAGGUGAACCACACGGAGGACGCGGGGUCGGCGACCUUCAAGCAGCGGUACCAGCUCGUCACGGAGCACUUCGAGCCGGGGGGCCCCAUCCUGUUCGUGCAGAGCGCCGAGGCCGGGAUGCCCCCCAUCAACGCGAGCGACUUCGUCGACUACGCGUCCAAGCUCGGCGCCCUCGUCGCCAUGCUCGAGCACCGCUACUUCGGCGACUCCCGCCACGGGAGCUACCCGCUCCACUACAACCCGACGAACGUCUCCAACGAGACCUUCGGCGCCCUGACGCUGGACAACGUCCUCCAGGACGGCGUCAACUUCGUCAAUUGGAUCAAGACGACGGUCCGGGGCGCUUCGGAUAGCAAAGUGAUAUAUGGCGGCUCAUCGUACGGCGGCUUUCUCGCCGUGUUGGCACGCAUUCGGUAUCCGGAGACGUUCUGGGGAGUGAUUGCCUCGUCGCCUGCGCUGAAUUCGUUCGGCCCCCUCGGCUCGAACCAAUAUAAAUUCGAUUCGGCGAAGUGGGCGAGCCAGGUUUACUACAACAUAUCGAAGGACGCAGCUUCCAAGAUAAAAACGUCCAUGCUGACUUUUAAGAAAUGUCUUGAAGAUAAUACCUGCGACACGACUAUCCCCGACCUCAACGUAUGCAAGAACUCGACGUCGCUCGGGUACGAGAGGCUGUACAACGCCGCUCUCAACACGUACCUCGCCGUCUCCAAGUACAACUACCCGUGGAUCGAGAAGUACCCCGCGGCAAACCCGCUGCAAGACCUGAUCCAGCAGACCCUCUCCGCCAAGACGGCGGGCGAAGUCCUGCGGAUCCCGCUCCUCGCGGCGUCGUGGGCUAACACCACUACUAGCACUACCACCAGUAGCGCGGCGCCUUGCAUCGACGGCUUCAACGCGAACAUAUCGCAAGCGAGCCAGGGGGCGGCAGCGGCGGCGGGCAGCCAGCCGGCGUGGACGGCCGUGACCUGCGGGUACUACGCGAUCAACGACCGGUCGAUCCCGGCGGACACGCUGCUGCCGGAGGCGUACGCGCGGGGCACGGUCGACCUGUGCCCGCGGGCGGGGUGGGAGGCGCCCGACUACGCGCGCGAGAACGAGUACUUCCGCCUCAAGUACGCACUCACGAGCGACGUGCUCGACGCGACCGAGCGCCUGCUUGUCGUGCAGAACGGGUACGACCGCACGGCGGCCAUCGGCUCGCCGACGCUGAGCGCAUCUGACAGCCGGAACCACUCCAGGGUCGUGCUGUUGGAGGGGACGGCACAUGCGGAGGAUGCGGUUUCGGAGGCGGUGGAGCCGAGGGGGGCGAAGGCGCAGAUGGAUUAUAUCCGAGAGCUUAAGCUGGCGCAUCUUAAGGAGUGGCUCGGACAGGGCAACCAGACGGAUUCCGGCUCUGCGACGUUGGCGCCGGCGCGUGGUACGACGACGACGUUUUUCGGGGUAUUUUUGCUGGUUGUGUUUUGGGGGUUAUUAUGA